AUGAUUACAUUCAGGACAUUGAUUCCUUGCGCGCUUUUAGCCUCCGUAACAGCUUUCCAGUCGGUGGCUAGCUAUAACAUAUCGGAUCCUUCAACUGCAUGCGAGAUUUUGAAAAACACUUACCCGAAUAUCACCUACCUCCCAGACGAUGCAGGCUACGUAGACGAGAAUCAGGGUAAGUCAGAAAAACAUGAUAGCAAAUGA